UCAAUCCAAUCUAUAUCUCCUUGUUCCAAUUCCGUACAUAUUCUCAUUCCUUGCGUAAAUUUCUCAUCUUUCUUCAUCGAUUUUCUGCAUCAUCAAGUUUUAAUUUCAAUUUUCAUUCUUUGAUUGUGUUUGAUGAUUGUUAGCUCUUUAGAAGAGCAAUGAGUCAUUCUGCAGCCGGACUAGGAAAGCCUGGCUCAGGUAAAAGGAGAAUAAGGGAUCUUUUAAAUCAAUCUGAUAACCGAGUCUGCGCUGAUUGUGGCGCUCCAGAUCCUAAAUGGGCGUCAGCAAAUAUCGGAGUGUUCAUUUGCUUAAAAUGUUGCGGUGUGCACAGAAGCCUUGGCACUCAUAUCUCAAAGGUCUUAUCUGUGACAUUAGAUGAAUGGUCCGAUGAAGAAGUGGAUUCUAUGAUUGAAAUUGGAGGAAAUGCCUCUGCGAAUUCAAUUUACGAGGCAUUUAUACCUGAAGGUAGCUCUAAGCCUGGACCUGAUGCUAGUCACGACCAGCGUAUGAGGUUUAUCAGGUCAAAAUAUGAGCUCCAAGAGUUUCUGAAACCAAGCUUGCGGAUCACAUCUGUGAAAGGCUCUAGUACAAAGAAUCCAGCAUAUCUUUCAUCAAGCCUAUCUAAAAAGAUUAUAGAUAGCUUUCGCACAAACUCAUCAUCGCAACAGCCGCAACUUGAAGGCAUGGUUGAGUUUAUUGGAAUGUUGAAGGUGACUCUCAAAAAGGGUACCAAUUUAGCCAUCCGAGAUAUGAUGACAAGCGAUCCCUAUGUUGUGUUGACUCUAGGACAACAGACUGUACAAUCAACUGUAAUGAAGAGCAACUUAAACCCGGUCUGGAACGAGGAACUCAUGCUCUCUGUCCCUCAUAACUAUGGCUCAGUGAAGUUGCAAGUGUUUGAUUAUGACACAUUUUCUGCUGAUGACAUAAUGGGAGAAGCUGAGAUUGAUAUCCAGCCUCUGAUUACAUCUGCAAUGGCUUUUGGGGACCCUGAAAUGUUUGGAGAUAUGCAGAUUGGAAAAUGGCUGAAAUCACACGACAAUGCCUUAAUAGAGGAUAGCAUCAUCAACAUUGCAGAUGGGAAAGUGAAACAAGAGGUUCAAAUCAAGCUUCAGAAUGUUGAAUCAGGUGAAUUAGAACUAGAAGUGGAGUGGCUGCCUCUUGACCAAUAAAAUAGCAAACUAUUAUAGGCUCACUAAAUAUAUAUGAAAAAAAAACUUAUUAUUGUAUUCAUUCAUUUCAAGUUUUUUUUUAACUUUAUCCCCCUUUGUUCUUGUUUGAGAAAUUUUGAAACUUUAUUCUUGAAAACUCUCUUUGGUUUGUAAUGCUAUUUUUACAGAUUAGACCAGUUGUAUAACUCAGAUGGAUGCAUAUGUUUU